CACAAUUUACAUGCGUUGCCCUUCAAACUCUGCAGACAGCCGCGCAUAAAUGAUCCUGACUACUCAUGAAACCCAGUACACGCUCGUCUUCAGGCAAGCGGACGAGCAGAAAAGAGAUGCCAUCGUUCUGAGACUUUCACACAUUCAUACACAUUCAUACACACACAUACAUACAUAUUUGACUGACUUCAUCUUACAAGUGCGAAAAGUCAAACGGGCCACAGCAAACACAAUGUUGAAAGCGCAUCCUCGAACGAUCAUGAGCUGAACUGGCCCAGCAAGCAAGGCGCUCAGCGCGUGCGUAUGUGUGUGUGUGUGUGUGUUGCUAUGAGAGUCACUGUCUGUUGUCCGCUCUCAGUCUCUCUCCCAAAUCCAAAGCGAAGCACACACUAAUGAAGUCGUCAGUAUCCCGCUUGAAAUGUUCCCCGCCCCCCUCUUACUUAGCUGGUGCUCACCUCUCCUCCUUCUCAGCAGUCCUUUCACCCUCCCUUUCCACCCGCCUCACACCCUCUGUCCUCCCUUCUGUUUUCCUCGGCAUUUGUCUCUUCAGUCAAGGAGAAACUAAUUGGAGGGAAGAAUUAAGAAGAAGGAGCCUUUGCAAAACUAAGCGAAUUUUGGUUUCUCGCAGAAUGCCACAGAAAGAUUACAGAAGUCAAACAAGCUGGGAGACCGGAGUUGCCUCCAUGAUGCAAACCAAGGUCCAUGGUGUCUGCAGUGAAGGUCACAGUGGAGUAAACCAGCUUGGAGGUGUGUUUGUGAAUGGGAGACCUUUGCCUGAUUCCACCAGGCAGAAGAUAGUGGAGCUGGCCCACAAUGGAGCUCGACCAUGUGACAUAUCCAGAAUUUUGCAGGUAUCUAAUGGCUGUGUGAGUAAGAUCUUGGGCCGGUAUUACGAGACAGGUUCUAUUCGUCCUCGGGCAAUUGGAGGAAGUAAACCCAGGGUGGCCACUCCAGAAGUUGUAGGCAAAAUUGCUCUGUACAAGAGAGAGUGUCCAUCUAUCUUUGCCUGGGAGAUCAGAGACAGGCUCUUGGCAGAGGAAGCCUGCACUAACGACAAUAUACCUAGUGUUUCCUCAAUAAAUCGAGUACUCAGGAACCUGGCCAGUGAUAAGCUGCAAAUAGUAAACGAGGGGGUGUUUGAAAAGCUAAAGAUGCUCAAUGGACAAGCCACUUGGGGGGGCCGCACUGGGUGGUACCCUGGGUCGACACUCAGUAUCACAGAAGACAUGUGUUCGCAAGCAGAAGGAGCGGAAAACACAAUAUCAGCUAGUUCCAACAGUGAAGAUUCAGAGGAGACGCAAAUGAGGCUUCACCUGAAGAGGAAACUGCAGAGAAACAGAACAUCAUUCACCCAAGACCAGAUAGACGCACUUGAGAAAGAAUUUGAGAGAACUCACUAUCCUGAUGUGUUUGCCCGAGAACGUCUUGCCAACAAAAUAGACCUACCUGAGGCACGGAUACAGGUUUGGUUUUCCAACAGAAGAGCAAAGUGGAGAAGAGAAGAAAAGUUGAGAAAUCAACGCCGUCAGGUGUCCAAUUCGUCCAACCAUGUUCCAAUCAGCGGCAGUUUUAACACCAGUGUUUACCAAUCUUUACCCCAACCGACUACACCAGUGUCCUUCUCAUCAGGAUCGAUGUUGGGGAGGUCUGACUCAGUUCUGUCCUGCAGCUACAAUCUACAGUCCAUGCCACACUUCAGUAUGGCUGCCAGCCUGCCUAUGCAAGCAUCUAGUCAGACGUCUUACUCAUGCAUGCUGCCCACCAGUUCAGGUGUAAAUGGAAGAAGAUAUGAGACCUACACUCCUCCACAUAUGCAGCAGCAUAUGAACAACCAGUCGUUGACCUCCUCUGCCACAUCCACAGGUCUGAUUUCUCCAGGAGUCUCAGUUCCAGUCCAAGUUCCAGGAAAUGAAACAGACAUGUCGCAGUAUUGGCCACGUCUGCAGUGAUGUCAUUGUUUUGCAGCACUUGCUUAAAACUAAGUCCCCAACAUUCUCACUUUUGAACUCAAAUGUCAAAAAGGACCCUUCAUUGAGAAUGUUGGGUACGUUGCCGGAGGACUUGUACCGGAAGUACGAGUAAAAGAUUAGCAACAAUAGAUUUUACUAUGACAUAGGCAUCAACUGCCGUUGAGAAUGUGGUGCAAUGCUUUGACUAAAGUAAAACAAAGACAAUUCUUUGGUAACAAAGACAUACACUAAUUUCCCAAAACAUGUAAAAUAAAUGUGUAUAAAUGUAUAAUAACCAUUUUACAUAAGAAAUGAAGAAGUGAACUGUAAAUGUGUUUAAUUGGAACAAUUCAUUAGAAAAAGCCUGUAAUGUGUACAGAAUUUCAAAAAUGUGUGAUGUGCUUGGUACUGUAAAUACCCUGACAGGCAUGGAUGAUUUUAAAAUCUGUUUGAGGGCUUGCCAGUUGCAAAUCUUAUGCUCAUGUGGAAACAUUGUACCAAAUCCACACAGCCUGAAUUGAAAACUCUCUUACAAAGCUUAAAUUGUGUCUUCGUAUGAAUCUGUUUGUGUUAAUUGUUUGUCUUCUUUGGUGAUUGGGAAAAUUUCCAUAAU